UUAGUGUAGCAGUUAAGUUCGAAUUCCCGGCUAAAAGCAAAACAGCGUUUCUACGGUUUGUGAAUAGAGAGUCACACAAGAAGUGAAGAGGGAACUUCCAAAAUAAGUAGUAAAAAUUUUGACGCGUGCGGCUUUCCGUUUGUCGGAAAGUCUUCAGCGAAAAUUAAUAAAGGGCUUUAGUUGCACACUUUUAAUCAAUGAGUUUUACAGAGUAUCAGCGGUGUGUGUGUGUGUGAAAAAAAGAUUUUACAUAUUGGUCUCAGCAAAAUUUGGCAAGUGUCAAAAUUUACGUCUGUAUAAUUUGGAGCAGUGUUGCCAACUUACUACAUAGCGAGAGAGUGAAAUGAGAAAUUAUUCAUGGUGAAAACAAAAUAGAAUAAAAUUGUGAUUUUGUGGACGUCAUUAUUGCACGAAGAACGAAAAACAAAUUUUAAGAAGACAAUUUUUAAGGGUAGAGAAGCGGCAGUAAGAGACGCCGCAAGGAUAAAAGUUGAUACCGACAAGUGUGCGAUGGUCUUUGCUGCAUGGUGCAAUCCCUCGGGCCUGCAGAUGUUCCUGAUAUGCUCGCUGAUACUGGUGUUCGCCAUUAAUCUGCCCACCAUUGCGGCUACAAGCGGAAACAGUGCUCACGCCACGCUCAAUGGAAGGAAUGACGUGUUCACUAGUUCAUUCUUGGUGCGUUUCAGGCGCAGCGUCGACAAUGGCUUUGCUGGUGAAGUAGCAGCGCGCUACGGAUUCGAUAACAUUGGACCA